AGAAACAGCCUGACACAUGAGACACGACACUAGGAAACAGUCCUCUCCGCGACCAUGGCGAUUCCCAAACCAGUCCGCUUCCUGGCGCUGGUGACCAUGGCACUCUUCGUGGUGCUUCUCUAUCACAUCAUGCAAAAUCCUCAAGUCACAAGAGCACCUCUCGGGAGUGAAAAGGUCAAUUCGAUGGUCCGAGAUCCAAACCUAGAUCCAACACUGGAGCCUCCCGAACCGCUACAUCGAGUCAAAGGCAACAACUAUGCUGCGGAUAACAAGAACUCGGAUCGCAUAAACGCCACACUGCUCACUCUCGUACGAAACUCCGAAAUGGAACAGAUAGUCGGCAGCAUGAAAGAGUUGGAGGCCACUUGGAAUCACAAGUUCAACUACCCUUGGACUUUCUUCAACGAUGUGCCUUUCACGGAGGAGUUCAAAAGAGUGACGCAGGAGGCCACCAAUGCGGAGUGCCGAUACGAGGUGAUUCCAGCUGAGCAUUGGGAUAUCCCAUCAUGGGUGAAUCUGGACUUGAUGGCAGAAAGCAGUAAGAUCUUGGAGGAGCACAACAUCCAGUAUGCCUCGAUGAACAGCUAUCACCAGAUGUGUCGAUGGAACAGUGGCCUCUUCUACAAGCACCCAGCGUUGAAGGACAUGCAAUACUACUGGAGAGUUGAGCCUCACGUCAACUUCUUCUGCGAUGUGGACUAUGAUGUUUUCCGAUUCAUGCGGGACCACAACAAGACGUACGGCUUUACGAUCAACCUCUACGACAACCCUCAUACCAUCCCGACACUCUGGCCGGAAACGCUCAAAUACAUGUCGUCCAACCCAGAGUACAUUGCUGAGAACAAUGCCAUGGGAUGGCUGACAGAUGUGGAUCACCGACCUGAAUGGAAUCGUCUGGCGAACGGUUACAGCACGUGCCAUUUCUGGUCCAACUUCGAAAUCGCCGACUUGAACUUCUGGCGAUCACCCGCUUACGAGGCCUACUUUGAGCACCUGGAUCGGGCUGGAGGCUUCUUCUACGAGCGAUGGGGCGAUGCACCCGUUCAUUCUAUUGGCGUGGGAUUGCUCGAGGACCGGAAUAAGAUCCACUGGUUCAAGGAUAUUGGAUACCGCCACAUUCCCUUCUUCAACUGUCCAAACUCGCCCAAGUGUAGGUGUGAGGCGGGCAAGUUUUUUGACGGAGCGGAUUUUCUGAAGAAGGAGGAUUGUCGACCGAAUUGGUUUGCGCAUGUUGGGAACGAAUGGGAGAAGAAGUAAUUCAUGGAUGGAGCGAUGUCAAAGCUUUUAGCAGGGAGUUUGGAGUUGGGCGAGAUGCCGGAGGAACAUGUACUCUGCAUCUCAUGUCGCCAUGGCUGUAUAUAUAUAACGAUCAAGACCGACAGAAGGGGAGGCGU